UCAAUCUCAAAUGGGGAAGCCAACCACCACCACAGCAGAGCCACCUUCCAUCACCCAUUUCAGCCACCCACACCCCCUCCACCUCUCCAACAACCCCCAAACCCAGCACUGCUCCGCCUGCAAUCUCCCCACCGCCGCGGCAGCCGCUACCUACUUCUGCAUAAUUAACAACUGCAACUUCGGCCUCCACCUGAAAUGCAGCCAGCUCCCGCACCAAAUCACCCACCCCUUCGACCACCAGCACGCCCUCACCCUCUACCCGAAGCCCGUCUACCCGGAGGGCCUCUUCAACUGCGACGCCUGCGGCAACCGCGGCGACGCCUUCUCCUACCACUGCAGCCCCUGCGGCGUCGACCUCCACACCACCUGCGCCUCCCUCCCGCUCAAGCUCACCCACCAUCUCCACAAUCACGCCCUCGAUCUCGCCUUCUCCGCGCCAUAUCAGGGGAACUCCUUCUCCUGCGAUAUCUGCAAGAAGCUUGGGUCUAAAACGUGGCUCUACCGCUGCGCCGCCUGCGAAUUCGACGUACAUUUGACCUGCGUCGCCGCGGUCGUUCCUCCGCCUGUGCAGCGCCCGAGAUCGUUCGUUCCGCCGCAGAAUCGGCCGCCUAAUAAUGGUUAUGGUGGGUAUCAAGGAGGAGUGGCGGCGCAGCCGAUUUAUGGAGGUGUGAGGCCGGUGAAUAGGCUGGGGGAUCAAAUAUUGCUUGCGGCGGUGGAAGGCAUAGCCGGAGGCGUUGCUCAGUCGGCGACGGGCGUUCUUUUUCAGGAAGUGUUUGGCGUUGGCGGUGGCGGAGGGGGAGGAGGUAAUGGCAUUUGUGUGGAUGUUUCUGGGAUGGACGGUGGAGCAAGUGUUGACGGAGCGGCGGCGGACGGAGGAUAUGGCGGUGGAGAUGGAUCAUACUAGCUAGCUUUAUCACUUAACUAUUUGUACCGGAUUAUCUUGAUUUGGAGAGGUUCUUUGAAGGCGUUUUUUUCUCUCUUCUCACUUUAUAUUUUUAGUAUUUUUAAUGUGUUUUUUAGUAUUACUAGUUUAAUUUCCAAGAAUAGUGAAUCGUUUGUAAUAAAAGGGUUGGCAGCUAGGAUUAUUCUUUUAACAGCCUUGGGCUUCUUCAAAGAAUAGUAGUUUCUUUCAUGGGGCAGAAAUGAAGCGGUAGUUUCUUGACGAAAUAUAGUGGUAUUUUCUUGACAAAUUGAGAUUCAAUUUUAGGCUGCCUAGUGAUGAAUCAACUCUCUAUGGGUGUUCAGUUUGCAAGAUUGUA